UCUUCUUCGUAUGCGUGUUCUUAAGAUUAUGGAAAUUCGGUUUCCAUCACUCUCUUGUGCGAUCUUUGAUUCAGUGAAGCUCGAUAUUGAUCUUACUUGUUCUGUAUGCUUGGACACAGUGUUUGAUCUAGUGUCUCUCACAUGUGGCCAUAUCUUCUGCUACAUGUGUGCAUGCUCUGCAGCAUCAGUAAGCAUCGUGGAUGGCCUAAAGUCUACAGACCAUAAAGCAAAAUGCCCUCUAUGUCGAGAGGCUAGAGUUUUUGAAGGUUUUGUCUUUUUGGAGGAGCUUAACAUUUUAUUAAGUCGCAGUUGCCAUGAAUAUUGGGAGGAACGGCUUCGGACAGAAAGAAGAGAGAGGAUGAAGCAGGCAAAGGAGCACUGGGAAUCCCAAUGUCGAGCUUUCGUUGGAGUCUGAUUGAAAUUUGAGAUGGCUAAUACAACCUUAGUUCUGUAUUGCAACUGUCUUUCUUAGCAUCUCUCAGUCUCCAGGAGGAGUCAUGAGCAGAGUUAAGUUCUUAGGAUUCAUUUGAAAAUUUCUGCCUCCUUUCUUCUUCUGCCCUUUUUUUGUCCCUUAAUGUAGUUUGUUCAUAUUUUUUUCUGGAUUUUGUCUUUGUAUAUAUAAUUCUCCAUGUUUGGCUCCGACUCUAAUGAAGAAAUAAGAAAUCUUGGAGAUUUGGUCUGUUUUUUUUCUA